AUGAGUGCCUCCGCGAGCAUUCCUUCCGGUUCGACAUCAAGCGAUACAUCCGUAAACGUAUACAUCCCUCCAAGCUCUCCAUUACUCACCUACUCGCCGGGGAGAAACGGUGUAUCAGGCUCGUCUUGGCUUCAGGUGGAUGGUGGUUCGAGCGAAUGUCAGGGGCAGAGCACCUUUGCCGUUGAGGUUGACGCCCUAUACUUCUCGGACAUAGCAUUCUUCUACUCUACAUCCUCGUCAUACACCGUCAAGGCUGGCCUCGACGGCUCCCUCUCAGCAACAACCUCUGAUCAAGGCGUAGCAACGCUAAGCACUCAGAGCUUCGGUAACCACUCGGCCAGGUUGGAGUGCGAGGGUGGUGAUGGAGGUGCAACUGGAGGGUUUCAGCUGACGAGGGUCAUGCUUCAGACCGAAGUGGUCGAGUCUGGAACUCCCAACAAUGCAACCCUAGACGACGCUUCCUCUCAAAUAACAUAUGCGGGUUUCCAAUCUACCUCUCCUUCCGGAUCUUCCAUAGAAGCCAUCAACGAAGGCAGCUUCUACAAGAAUACCAUAAGCUGGACGAACGCUGCGGAUGCUACGGCGGCCUUCUCGUUCACAGGUUCUGCCUUGUACAUAUUUGGCAUGACUGGCCCCGACUUUGGCUGCUUUUCCAUCACCAUCGACUCGUCCUCUUACGGCACAUUCAAUGCUUCCACCACCAUAUCAACAUCCAGUACCCUCCUCUUCUUUACGACCUACCUCGACGCCGGCACGGAACAUCAAGUGGAGGUCAAGAAUGUCAACGACGGGAUGGUCCUGGCUCUGGACUACUUUGUUGCCGUAGCGCCCCAAGGCUCUGGAUCCGGGUCGGCGUCUGGCUCUGGUGGGGUCGGAACAGCGACAGCUACGGGAAGUAGAAGUGGUUCAAGCGCAACAGCGGUAUUUGGCGACGGUCAAGCGAACGGUAACUCUGGACCAGGCGGAGAUUCAACUGCAGGCAUCAUAGGCGGCAUACUCGGAGGUCUUGCAGGUCUCGCUCUCAUCUGGCUCUGGUGGGCCUACCGCCGCUGGAAGAAAGCUGGUGGAGAAGGGUCGUUCCUCGCCGCCUUGUGCGGAAAAGCAAAAGGGAAGCCUGCACCGCCGCCACCGGAGAAGAAGAAGGAUUGGCCGUUGUGGCCGAUGAUGUGGUCUCGGCCUAAGUACGCUGUACCAAAAGACUAA